AGAUUAUCAAUGUUUAUCUCCUGUUCAGUGUUUGUUGAGUAAAUAAUCAUGUAUUAUUUAUCCGACAGAAAACAAAACAUUGCCUUUUAAAAUUGUUCUGCAUCUCAGUUGUUUUAUAUUUAAAUGUAAAUGGUAAAAAUUUUGAAUCCUGGGUAAUGGGUCAGGUUUUAAAAAAAAUUAAAGAAUAUGAAAACAACAUUCAUGGAGAAAACUGCUGUGUUGGAUUUCCUGAUCUUGCUGAUUUGCCACCUGAAAUAAGUCUUUGUGUUUUAUCACACCUGAAUGCAACUGAUUUAUGCUUAGCAGCAUGUGUUUGGGGAGAGCUUGCUCAAGAUCAGAUUUUGUGGCAGAGCUUAUGUCGGAGUCAAUGGGGGUAUGCAUCUAUUUACUGCAGAAAGAAAAACAGCAAUUUUUCGUAUCAUCAGUUAUAUUUGCAGCUAGAUGAAGGUACCGUUACUUUCAAUGCAGAUGCAUUUAUGGGUAUGGAUUAUUUUGUCAAGCACCAAUUAGUUGAUGAUAAUCCACAGGAAAUUGCACGCUUUAUUCACAAUACUCGUACAUUAAACAUUAGGCAAAAACGACUGUAUUUAAACAGUAGGAGAGAUGUACUGAGCCAUCUUAUCGAAUUGCACAACUUUUCAAACCAGUUUCUACCUCAAGCAUUGAGAAAUUUUUUCCAAACUCUUCAAGCUCCAAAUCAGCUUGAUGGUUACUUGCAUUUUCUGUUGGAAAAAUUUUCUGCAAGGUUUUGCCAAUGCAAUCCAAAAUUACAAUUAAAUACAGAUAUGGUAUAUAUUUUAUGCUUUUCCUUGAUAAUGCUGUCUGUUGAUUUGACAAGUCCUCAUAUCAAGAAUAAAAUGUCAAAGCGUGAAUUUAUAAGAAAUGUACGGUAUGCAAUACGCAAGGCAGAUGAUGAGUAUUUUGGACAUAUGUAUGAUGAUGUAUAUUUACGCGGACAUAUUGCACCAAACUCAGGGGAUUAAGCAAUAUUGUAAUGAACUGCUUUGUAAAUGUAAGCUACUUCCAGCGUACGCUUUUUUAAAACUAGUCUUAUAUUUAAAUAACUGAUUCUUCUGCUUUUGUUAAUGUGCAAUGAUUUAUGUGUGCUGUGCACACCGCUUUGUGUAAACAUUAUUUGAAUUAAUAUUUUUUGCAUGCAUCAGAACCUGUCAUGCUUUAUACUGCAGUUUAUUCAUUUACGUUCUUUGUUGUAUUUUUUGUAAAAUGCUUGAUUAAAGCAUUGCUAAACAGCUGGUUUCUUGAAAAUUGAUCUGCACUACAUUAUGUAACAAAUGUAAUAAUGCAAAGAAAUCAGAACUCAAUUAAUACAAGACCAGGUUUUAUUGCUUUGUUCUUAAAUUAUUAAAUAUUAAUAAUUAAAUGAAUUAACACAUUUUGACUCCCAAAUUAUGCAAGAACCUUUAGAAAUCUUUUUAAUUAGGCUACAUUUCCUUGUUUGGACAUUAUUUUCUAUCUUUAUGGCUCUUGACAAAUGUGAAGUAUUUGCAUAGUUUCAAAUCUACAUUAUUUUUUAACUUCAUGGAUACUUUAAAGGCCAUUCUGUGUAUUUUUUACUAACACCUGAGCGGGCAGUCAUAAGUUUUUUUUUGGUCUCUUGUUAUACAUUACUUUAAAAUAUUUGCUUUAUUUUCUUUAAUGAUGUAAAUAUCAGCUUAAUAAAUAGAAGUUUAUGAAAACAGAAACUAAAAUAAUUAAUUAUACAAAUUUAGCAUUCAUGAGCAGAUCUAAGAACCCAUGCCGCUCUGACAGUUAAUGACCUUUUCUUUUACAUUGUUGGCAUUAUAAAUCUGUGGUUUUUGUACUUCAUGUUAAUUGUUCGUUGUUUUUUUUAGCUAUGCUAAAAAAGGAAUUGCAUACUCUGUGUAAUAAAAUAUAUGAAAGUUUUUGUGACAUUAAUUUUCUUAAAUCCAAAUCUUUAAAUGCUUUUUUUAAAAACAUUUCAUGUUAUGUUAAUAAGAAACCUUUAAAAACACCAGAAAUCUGCAAAAAUCUUUAAAAACAUUUUUGCAGAUUUCUGGUUUUGCAAAAUUGUUGUUUCAAAAAAAAAAAACACAUUUUGCGUUUUGGCAUUGUGCCAAAGAUAUAGUGACAAACAGCAUUCUUAUUUGUGUCACCAUUUAUUGUACCAUCCAGCUCACAUAUUGGGGUAUAAUGACCAUGUUUAUAAUAAUCACAUAAGAUUUUUAUUCUUUUCAUUUUUUAAUAUUAAUCGUUUCAUGUUUUAUUGAAAGGACAAUUGCUGUUUCUUUUUUCUAAUUUUCUUUUGAUCAGCUUUUGUGUUCUAGUAUGCUUUAAAUUGUUUCCUUAAUUGUAGACUUAACAUGUCUCACAAAUACUACCACUUGUUUUUGAAAUAUUUUUAUGAGCAUGAAUUGCAUACUGCUUGCUAUAUAGUUGUCAUUGGACCAGUAGUUCAGGUUGCAUGGGACCUGUUUCGUAUUGCUAUAAAUUCAGUCAGUUUUCUGAAUUAGCACAUUAAACUUGUAUUAAAUGUGAUUGUGCAUGCAAAUAAAAUUUGUUUAGUCUUGUGUUUAGUUGUGUAAAGCUUAGCUGUCUUAUCAGUUAAUUGCUUUAUCUACAAACAUUGAUAAUAUCUCUUCUUGUUCAAAUAUUUUUCUUUUUCUUUUAAUUGCCAAAUCUUAAGGCCUUUUAAAACAAAUAGAAGUAUGCUGUUUUAAAAAUCAGUAGUGGUUCUGAAUAUUUUCAUUAUGUUACCCUGGAAAAAAAAUGUGAAACUGUGCUGUUUGGGUAUUUUCUAAUAAGUUGUUAAGAUGUUUCACAGAAAUUAUGCUUUAAAAUUAUGUGCUGUAUUUAAAGUGAUGUUGGUUUUUGUAUUUAGUGUAUUAAAAUAUUAAUUAAUUAUAAAAUUUAUCAAACUAUGUUAGGUUGUUUAGCUUGUUCAUAAAAUCAUAAUUUUGUCAUUGUGCAGAAAUUCUGUGUUUCACAUUUUAUCAUUAUACAUAUUAAAUUAUACUCUUAGUAUCAUAAGUUUUUAUUUCAACAGUUUAAAAUAUUAAUGUUUUCCUACUAUCUAUUUAAAAUGAAUUAAACCUGCUCUUGAAAAAAAAAUGUCUUUGAACAUAUUUGGUUAUUACCACUCAUGAAGUUUGAUUCAUGAUUCAUGAGUUUAACAGGGAUUUUAUUUCUUAAAUUUAGGUAAAUUUUAAUAUUUUCAGGUACUGUUAUUAACCUUUACCAGGGUCAAACCUUUCUUUUAAAUGUAGUGUUUUUGUCAAAAAAAUCAAAAGUUCUGUGGUUAAUUUAUUAAGGCAAAUCAAUUUGAGAUCUAUCUGAGUAGAGCAGAGAUGCCAUGGCAGAUUACUUGUAUCCACGUUACACAUGGGAGAAAAUUCCAAUAAAGUCAGCUCAUUUGCCAGGAUUUCAACCUCGAUCAAACUAGCAAUGUGCAGCAGCUGUACUGCUCAGGCACUGUUGGCCUGCAAAGAUUCUAAAGUAAAUUAUGAAAUAAAAUGAAAUGCUUAUAUUUCAUGUUAUAUUAAUAAGAAAUAAAAAAUGAAAAAGGCCAAAUAGUAUAUGUCAAAAAAAAAAUUUUUUUUUUUUUUCUUAAAAUUCGGAAAUGUAUUCUAAGUAAGUUAUAUCUCCCUGUCACCUUUCACUGACAUUAUUUAGUUACAUACUGCUGAAGAUAGUUCAUAAAUUUAGAAGCUGCUUUGGGAUCUGGAGAUCAAAAAUAAAUCUUAAAUUAUAUAUUUGUUAUUAAGUUUUAAACCUUUGCACAAGUUUCUAUUGUAGGUCAAAACUUUUGAUUUUUAGAUGCAUUGUAGAGUUUAAUAAUGUGCCAAACAUUUUGAGGCAUUUUAUAUGCAAGCAAUUAAAUAUAUAUAAAUCAUAUGCAUAAAAUCUCUGUUAUGUUUUUCAUGAUUGCAGCUACAUAAUGUAGUUUUUGUGUAUUUGUUCUAUAAAUAUUGUGAUUGUACUAUGUGUUUUGUAGUGAAAUUUGUAUUUGUGAAAAGUUGAAUUUUUGUGUCAAUAGUGAAAGUGUGAUUGGGAAGUAACUUUUAAUGUUCUGUGUGGUCAUAAACUGUAUAAGUAUAAUGCAAAAAUAUAUUUAAGUCAAAAUUUUUAAUUUGUUGAAACCUUUAUUGACUUUAUGUUUUAGUGCAAGCUGUAAUAUUUAAAAAGAUUACUCCUUCCCUGUAAUGAGUAAUAUUUUGAUAGUAUUUAAAUAUGUGUGGAGAUAAAUCUCCUUUUCCAAAAAUGAUAAUUUUUGUAAAUGAAAGUGGAAUAGCAUUUUUUAUGCAUUUGAAAUGAAUUUUGAGUACUAUACAUAUGAACAGCUUAUAUAUUAUGUGAAAAUUGCCCUUAUAUACAGUUAUGAUGUAUAAUUAUUUUAUUCUAGAAUUUUUUUAUUGUAUAAUAUAUACUAAGGAUAAAAAUAUAGAAGAGUUAAAACUGAUGAAAUAUCAAGAGUAAUACUUUUUUUGAAAUUACAUUUCUUUAAUUUUUUAAUGAAAAGUCAGUAACAUAAUUUCAAUUUUGGUAUCCUUGGAUAUGACAUGAUAGGUUAAAAUAUUUAAAAUUGAUUUCAAGAUAAAUGGAAAAUAUCUUAAUAUGCACUAAAUUUGAUGUUAAUUAAGAAUUAUUUAAAUUAUACACAGCAUAACUUUUGAAUAUAUUUUAUAUG